AGUGCUGGCCUCAGUCUGGCUCUGGAAUUUCAGCCAUCCCUGGAUUGUGUGCCCCCUGCUCCUGGGCCACCUGCUCCACCCACAGGCUGCGUUGCCACCCCCUUGCUCCUGGAACGUGUAGGAUCCCCCUCAUGCAGAACCAGCCUUUUGCUCUCCAGAUAAUGGUCAUGUGACAUAGGCAAAGGUCAGGCCACUUUUCCCACAGGAGAUGCUCGGGGGCGGCGGUGUGGAGCUGCCCGUGGAAACUGCGUUGGAAGGACCAGAACCGGAGGAAGGGACACCUGGCGGUGUGGAGGAAGGAGGGUGCCCGGCUCCUGACCUGGCUCCGCCACUCACUGGUCACUAGAGCAGAGCCGCUAAGAGGCGAAUGUGCAGAGUCAGUCGGCCCUGGGUUCCAGCCUCGGCCUCAGCACUUGUUGCUGUGACCUGGAGCAGUUACUCAGCCUCACUGAGCCCGUCCCUUUCGCAGUCGCUCACCCGGUGGGUUGCUCGGUCGCUCACUAGGUCCAAUCCUGGGUUUGGAACCCGUGCGUCUGGAUUCGCGCGUCUGGAUUCCGCGCCCGGGUCCGACCGAGCCCUCCUUUGCAACUCCUCACCAGACGCCGGUUUCGCCCGUUACCAGUCGGGCUGAAGAAUUUGUUGUUAGCGGACUUCCGAAAAGCCCCUAGCAACCACCCUUCCUGCUUUCUGUCUCCGUGAGUUGGACGGCUCUGGCUCCCUCACGGAAGUGAAAUCGAUGGACCCUGUGGCUUUGUAGCCAUUCACACUAAAAUAAGGGGAAGAGAAGGAGAGAGGGAGAGAAACACCAAUGUAUGGUUGCCUCCCCUGCUGAGAACUGGCCUGCAACCCAGGCAUGUGCCCUGACUGGGAAUCAAACCGCUAUCCUUUGGUUCACAAGCCUGUGCUCAAUCCAAUGAGCUAUGCCAGCCAGGCCUCUUAUUGGCAUAUUUUAAAGCCACUCUCCAAGUCUACAGCAGAAUGGGAAGAAAUAUUUUCCAAGAGAAGCAAUCAAGCGGCCUAGAAAUCCACCCAUCACUCUUUCCCAGGAUAAAACUUUCAGCUUUCCAGAAGAAGUUUUCAGCUUCCCCCGUUUUGAGUGUGAUGGGUGGGCCCGGGAGCACCCGAGAGCUGUCAUCAGUGGGAAAAAAAAUCGCUCUGUGAUUUUGGGGUCCAUGUCCAAUGUGAACAUUGAGAACUGUCUGACAGCUGCUAUAACCGACAGCAAUUCCAGAAAUCCUUACAUUGAGAGCGGGAUUCUCCAACUUCACGAAGGUAGAGAGUAAAAAUGGAGGGUGACCAGCAGAGAAAGGUAACAUAUGAAACAGGUAACAUACCUGUUUCAUGUCUCACAGUCCUGGACAUGGAGCCCUUGGUGUCAGAUUGCAGAUGAAUUUCUUCUCAAAGAUAUAAAACCGUUAUUACUAUUAUUACCAACUGGGAAGAGUUAAAUAAUAAUUGUUAACAUUGUAAUGACUCUUUUAAAACUUCACCUAAAGUCGAUGGUCAGCACGAAGCGGCCCAGAGAGGGGGAAAUCAGAGGCCUGCUGUUCACCAGGUCCUUGGCAGGACUCGGAGCCUUUCUCGAGGGCACAAGGAAACUGUGUUUCUCGCAGGUACUUAAAGACGACUCCGGGGGCAGUUUGGAGGCAGUUAGGGUCGGUGCACUGACCUUACUCAGCUCCCGACUCCUGCUGGGCGGCCCAGGGACUCGGGCUCCAUCCCUGGCUCUGCUUCCACUCCCUGUAACGGCAGCAGCACAGGGGCCAGUCUGAGAAAUGCAGCCGUGGAGACGGGUCACCACCCUGGUGUCAGAAGCCCUGCCCCUGCCACUUUCCAGGUAUGCGGCUUCGGGGAAGUGACGGUCCCACUCUGAGCCACUGUGUUUCCACCUGGGAAGCUUCGGUCGGUCAUUCCUUCCUCUGGGCAGGGUGAUUGUGAAUUAUGAACAAGAAAAUAUGAAAGCUUGUAGGGACCCACUAUGCAGAACAUACCAAAGGAUCCAUUCCCGCUUCUCCCACAGACAGCGAUUUUCCCAGUCUGUUCUUUAAGCCUGGCCCUGCUUGGUGUUAAAGGUGACAGAGAAUGAUGAGACACUCAGGUGCAGGGGGAAGUCCAGAGGAAGGGACAGUGGCCCUCCUUCCACCGCCGCCCAUCUACAGCUCCAGUAAAUGCUUCUCAGGGGCCCAUGCCAGCCCCCAACCUGCGAGCCCCCAGGUUCCGUGGGGCUGCAUCUUACCACAGCGUUGUCGACACUUUCCUCAGUCGUGGCAUCGGUGCUGGACAAGAGCUGCUCACAGAGGCUGGGGCACAGCUCCCAUCUGGCCCUGUGAUUGGACAGGGCUCAACUGGACAGGACUCGGUGGGCAGCUGCGUUUGAAGCCACGGAAGACAAUGGGGCUGAGCCUGCAGAGAAGCCACCCCGGGAGUCUGAGGACGCUCACAGGGGUGGGAAAACCAAGCCCCGCCUCCCCAUGGGUUCCUGUGUCCAGUCCGACAGACGUGUGCAGACACACGGCAGGUGCUGAGGGGGUAGAUAGACCAGGGCCUCAGCUGGACGGGACUUUGUGUUCCAGCGAAAGGGAUGUCUUCUGGGUCAGACCUGCGGGCAGCCAGGCUUCCAGAACAGCCCGGCUAAGUUUAGGAAACAGUCAGGCUUUUCAUCCCGGCCCCUCCGGAGUCUCAUGUCCAGACGUUUGCUUGGCAGCACCAUGGUAACCGUGAUGCCACAAUGGAACAUUCUCCCCAAGGUGGCAGAAGGAAUCCCUCUGUUGGGCUGUGCUGUGCACAGGCAGAGUGAGUUCAUUUCUCCUUUAGCAGGGACAGUGCCCAGAGGAACUCUGAGGACCAUCCUGACGAAAGAAACAUCCGGUGUCGUGAGUGGAACAUGGUGACUGAGGAUGGCACCCAUGGGUUCCUCCGGCCCUUGUGCAUUGUUUGAGGCAAGGGUGGGUCUGGAGCAGCUUUUUAUGGCUACAGAGUUAAGGCGAGGGUUGAAUUCCGCGAGUGAAAACACCACACUUCUCUGAGACCCAGCUCUCUGGGAGCCGGGGACCCUGGCUGCAUUGACAGGCGCCGGCUGCCUCCUCCCCUUGGGCCGGCUCCAAAUCCUAACAGAAUCUCCGUGCCGGGCGGCUGGUCCCUGCCUCUCCGCUGCACGGAACCAAGCCACAGGGAGGGGACAGCUGCCCAUGGUGUCUGCUGCGGCUCUGCUGGGGGAUGGCAGGGACGGCCCGGAUGCUCUUGGUGCUGCUGUCCGUCUCUGUGUCCGUGGUGUCCCGCGCUGCUGCCAGUUGUGGUGUCCAGAAAGCCAGCGUCAUAGAAGAUGUUGAGGAGGGUUUGGUGAGCGAAGAUGAGUUCCCAUGGGUGGUGUCCCUGCAGGAUUCCCACCACACCCACCUGGCCUUCGGCAGCAUCCUCAGCAGUCCGCGGUCGCCGUCGUGGGCAUAGCCAGCAUGGACGCCACAGUGCUCGUCCACGAAGAGUACGCGGUCAGCACCAUCAUCCUCCACGAGGACUUCGAUGCGGCCGCCAUGACCGAUAACUUAGCCCUCCUGAAGACAGACGCGGCGAUGCAGUUCAGCGGCCUGGUCCGACCCAUCUGUUUCCUCAGCAAAAGGCUGCACCUGCCGCUAGCCCUGCAGAACUGCUGGGUGGCAGGGUGGAACCCCACGUUUGCAACAGGGAAUCACAUGACGAUGAGUAUCCUGAGGAAGGUUUCCGUGAACGACCUCGACCAGUGUCCCUUCCCCAAAUUCCAGAAGACAGGAUGUGGCAAUCACGUGGCAGAGGAGACAGAUAACGUCUGCUUGGGGGACCCAGGAAACCCACUGAUGUGCCAGCUACAGAAGUCGUAUCUGUGGGUGCUGAGAGGAAUCCUGACCGAAGGGGGUGAGCGGUGCCCCGGCCUGUUUCUGUACGUCAGGAUAGAAGACUACAGCAACUGGAUCGCAUCCAAGACUGAGACGCCCAGCCUCCCCCUGUCUGCCAUGUACCACUGGGAGAACUCGGCGCCUGUCUACAGCUACUUGCCACCUGCCACCGUGACACAGAAAAAACAUUCUGGGCUGGACCGAGUUACGUGGACCCAAACUCAACUCCACGGAAACGGAAGCACCCAAACUCAACUCCACGGAAACGGAAGCACCCAAACUCAACUCCACGGAAACGGAAGCACCACGGCCACAACUUCAGAGCCAGAAGAGAGCUCCGUAGAGAGUGAAGAAUUGCAGGGGAAGAGCAUAAGGGAGAUGGGCAGCCUUUCCGAGGAGGCCGCGAAGUCCGAGUACUUUGACUACUACCGGGAGCAGCAGGCUGGGGAGGGUGGGUCUCCCUCAGGUCAGGACAGGUUCCUGGAGCCCCGAGAAAUCAUCUUGUUUUCCUUUGUGUUUUCUUUUGUCAUGGUGUAGAGUCUAGGAGCUGGCCCUCCAGCUCGGGAUGCUGAGGGCCAGGUAUUCACUGCGCUGUUUUGGUGUCUAUUUUUGAUCGCCACACACCUGGGCAGCUGCGGGCAGGCCCGUGGCUCUCCCUCCUCUGUCCCACUUGCCCAUGCGGGACGGUCACUUUCAUUUGUGCUCGUGAACUAAAUGUAGGCUAACAAGUGGAACCAUUCAAGUGCCCUGUGAUUCUUUCAGGGUAAGGGUUCAAAGGGCCAGGUGGUGAGAACACCUGCCACGCACAGGUAACUGUGGCCUGGGAGGUGGCCGUCAGCCUGGAUGGAGAGUCGGGGACACCAGCCAGCUCAGGAACAGUGAGAGGACCCCGUGACUAGAACAGAGUUGAUUAUUUUAAUGGAUCUCUUUUUGGUCUGCAGCCGUGACCUGCCUCUGGCUAUUUCCCAGUGGAGCCAAUGGCCAGCAACUGCUCACUUGUGGUUUUCAUUUUAUUCCAGUCCUUGCGGAAGCCUUUUAAGGACAUCUGCAAAAAGGAAAGGGGGAGAGGAGAGGAUGUCACUUGGGAAAAAUGACUGACUACUCAGAACACAGCCCCAUCCAGCCUUGGGGUGGUGCUGUGCACGCUGCAGGGAGUGGCUACCCCGGGGCAUCUGGGAGUUUCUCCUGGAGAGCGUGUUUCUGUUCAGUGAAGUGAGAAGCUGCAGGUCCCUGCUGGGACCACUGCUACUUCUCCACCUCAGGUCUGAUGGGCCCGAGUGUGGGUCCCGAUCGAUUCCCUUCCGCAGAGCCAGGGUCCGGAAACGAGAGUGCCAUGCUCCGAGACCGGUGUCUCAGGUGCGCUCAGGGAAACCUGGGCCCCGGUGGCAGUCUGUGCUUCCCCUUUUUCUGAGGGCAGCGCAUUUUUGCACUUUCCCAUUUCUCUUCUGCAGCUCACCAGGGCCACAGUGCUGCUCUGCGUACUGUGUCCCAGGGAGAGACUGCGGGGUCAUUCAGGAACAAAAAGACCUGGAGACUAUGUAAAUGCAUGGAAUCAGGUUCUGGGUGACACUAAAAAUCCAUGAUUAUCCCAGUUUUUCAAAAACUGGCUUCAUGUAUAGAGUAGCAAUGGCUAAAUGAUGAGCAGAAGGAUUAAGAAGCUUCCAGAAUUCAUCAUGAAAGCAAGGAACUAAAAACACACCGUUCUUACAGCGUCUCUUGUGAUAACGUGACAAGACCUUGCCCCUAACAAUGAAAAAGAAGGAUUAAAAAAAGUCAUGCUUUAUUUUGGUGUAAGAGUCGAGACAACUCCGGUUGUCUCAUGUCCAAACAAACACCUGUAUCCUUAGCUUGAAAAACAAAAUCCCAACAAAAAAACUUGAAGGCCACGAAAGACCGCCUACCUGAGGGCAUCUCUGUGACUUACCUCUGCAAUCUCCACCUUCCUUUCCCACACCCUGAUGGUCUUCUCCAGGUCUCCGUU